AUGCCCUUCGCCUACUGUUUUGUAGUUUAUUUAUCGGUCUCCAUUACGCAAGAUGAGGAACCAAAGGUGGAUUACCUGAAAGGAACUCUUGGUUCUAACAUUAAGAAGCACUGCAACAAACAGGGCCACAGUUUGGGGCUUCCUGUUUCCGCUAACCCCGUAGUGUACCGAUGGCAUUACGAUCCCAGGAACAAUGACCUAAUGUGUGUGUGUGAUGCGUACGGAACAAAGGAGAGAAACGGGACGUUAGUGCAAUCGUUUCAAAACGCAAGAGCGAUUCCAGCCAUGAUGCUAGCGGACUUCACUCAAUAUGCUGAUACCUACAUUGUGGUUGAUCGAAACAAGACGGAAAUUUGCAGACUUUUCCUAGACCGUACUGAAGCGAAAUGUCACGUGGAAUUCCAAGAGGAGUCAAUGACGAAUAAAAUGCUUUAUAUAACCAAACUAAAUCUACUAGUGCCGGCGGCACUGGUCAACGAAUCAUCGACGGUCCACAUUCAGAUGCGGUUGGCCAACAAACUGAAGCGGGCUAAUGUGAGCUGUCGUUUUCCGGUACAAGUACGGAACUCAUAUGCCUACUAUGAACCAUCACACAUGCUACCAAUUGAAAAGAGAUUCAAGUUUACUGUGACAUACAAACAAUCCGACGUAGAAGGGCUAGGUAAACUGGUGUCGGAUAGAGAGGUGUGCAAUAAAGUAAAAUCGUACGCAGCUGGCUUGAUUGAAUCAUGCUACGGCCAUAGGAUAUACGACAUCUACUCGACCAUUGGAGUUUUGAUGGAACCAACAAAAGUUUCGGUGUGGGAAUUAAUACGUGAACUCAUGUAUCGUUUGAAUUUAGCGCGUCGCGAUCAAUGCAUGUUCAACGUGGAGAAUACGUUGAUACCCAAAGGUUACUAA